AUGAAUCCCAUCCACAACACUCGAGGCUUGCCUCAAAAUACGAAUCAGCAAUUCCCCCAAUUUCACCAGAACAUUCACACAGCUCCCACCAGCGACAAUCUUCAGAGUCCAAUUUACAGCAGCACUGGCUCGCUCAUUCAGCACCACCUUGACAUGCAGAACAGCAUGGCUUCGUGGGGUCGAUCGAGUGGCGAUCAGGUGCCCCUGGAUUCUACAGUAAGUAUGUUCGACAUCGAAAAUCAGAGUUUCAGCAACAGCACCGCACAGUGGCACGCAAGCUCGAAUUCCAAUCCUGGCACUUUCACCAGCGGCACGAACAGCAACGUCUUGAGCUCUGCAGACAACAGUCCCGGCACAUUCAACCACGGCAUGAACAGCAAAAUUUUGAACCCUUCUUACAGCCUUCCUGGCGCAUUCACCACCAAUGAUAUGAACAACAGCUUGGGUUCAUCUGAUAACACUCCUUUCGCAUUGUUCAACGGCGUCAACGACAAUACCUUCAGCUCGCGAGACAACCAUCACUUAACAGCUUCGAUCAUAGAGGCCAACAAACAACUCAUGAGAUCGAUGGAACAAAAUCACAAGCUGCAAGAUUCACUCAAGGCACAGUCAGGACAGCACGAAAAGACCGUCACAGAGCUUCAAGAGAAGAUUGCCGCCCUUGAGAAGGAGAAAGAGAUCCUAGCGAACCAAAAAUACACGCUAAAGAGAGAAUGUCAAAAUACCAGAAACUACGUCAAUAUGUUGCGAGGCUACUAUGACUUCAGAAUCGGCACCGACGGCAAGCUCCUCCCCCUUGUGCCUGAGACGGACACCGUCGCCUACAUUACUCAUGGGGCGCCAGCCACACCUCUGCAAGCAGCAUAUGUGCGAUACCUCAAGGACAUGAUCGGGGAGCACCAUGAACAGACAAGACGGCAAAACGUGGCAGCAGCGGGCCGGCGAAUCCUCAAGGCCGACCUCUGCCACCUCUGCCCAGUGCACAACGGGCCUGACGCCCACCUGCAGCCGUCUCGGGUGACGCUGCAGCCGACCCCAACCAUCGACCUGACAGUCGAUGCGGCCUCUGCACCGCCCUCCCUCCACCGGCAGGCUGCCAAUGCAGCCCUAGCGGCCGUACAGGCCAACAACACUCCUCUCGGCGCCUCGAGUGAGGUCGCCACCCAGGCCAAGGAUGCUGCUGUUGCUGCUGCUCCAGCGGCAUCCGAGGCCAGCGACGCUCCCUCCGCCGCACCAGCUCAGGUGGAGGCUGUGGCCAACGCUGCCACAACCUCAGAGGACCGACCGGCGCCACUCAAAACGCCACCAACCUCCUCCCCGGAAGGGACGGCGUCUUCCCUUCCCAAGCGGGAAAAUAAAGACCGCAGCUACUCGUGGCUGCAAAAGCCCCAGAACCUCGGUCUCUUGAAGGCUACGGGCCUGAUCAAGGACCAAUUUGAGCAAAAGAAGGUCGAAGACGAACUGCGCCUUGCGCGCAGGGCUGCCGAUUAUGCCGACUUCGUGGCUGUAACUUCGGCCGCGGCUUCGAUCUCAACUUCGAAAUUCACCUCACAACCUGCCAUUGCACAAGCCGCGUCUCCAGCGGCCAGGGCAACAACCACCAACAACAAGAAGGGCAAUGCGGCAUCAAGUCACCAAACCAAAGGCACCACCGAAGAACAAGACCAGAACCGCAGCGGCAACCUCAGCCAACACGAAAACCACAAGCAGGCAGCAAAGAGUCGGGCACAACUCGAGAAGAGCGCAGUCGAGCAGCUGGACAAGGAGCUGGACAAGCAGCCGGCUAGACAAGCCGGCGCGACUGCAAGCAAGACCACGACCUCAACCUCGACUACAGAAGCAACAACAACCUCGAGCACGACCGCAACCCAACCACACAAGUACUAUUACGACGACCUCUCCGAUGCCGAAGAUUCAGAGCGCCUUGAACCCCCACACGACCAACUACUAGUCAUCGACCACAACCAAGGCGACACGAUCGCCCCAUUGUCGAACAGAGCCGCCGACGAUUCACAGGACCUUGGAUCCCCGUACAACCAACUAUUGGCCGAAGAUCCAGAGGACCUUGGAUCCCCAUACAACAAACUAUUAGUCGACGACGACAACGGGAGCGACACGAGUGCCCCUAUACCAAAGGGAGACAUUGACAUGGGAGAGGUAAACACAGCGGAGGAAGAUCCACUGGACGAUCUAUUCGAGGGAGAUCCGCCACUGAUGGCUGACAGUGACGGCGAAAUCAGCGAGGAGAAUUGA